AUGAAUAACACACAAGGCAUCCUCAAAACCAUCUGGAUAGGUUUGAAUGUUGCUAAAUAUCUUCUCAAGACUGGUCGUGGGCUACAAGCGACUGAGUUAUACGAUGAAAUUUUAAUAUUACUCCACAAUCUGGACGUCACUAAUCACCUUAAUAUCACUGAGGUGAUAUUCAAUGCAUACUACCCCAUCUCUGGUUACGCAAAUGCCGCAAGAUACACCAACAAAAUUCUUGAAAUGUUCCACGAAGCUGGAAUACUAACCAUACGACUAGCUGACAAAUAUCUUAAAGAAGGUAAGCUUGCACUGGUUAAAAGAAUUUUGGAAAGUGCAGUGAAUAUCACUAAAACAAAUGGCCCAUCAAAAGCAGAAAGGGUGGCCUAUAGUUACCUUGGAUAUACUUUGAUAUUACUCGGUGAGUAUCAGAGAGCUAGAGAAUAUCUCGUGAGAGCCCUUGCCAUAGCUAUAGAAAUUGGCGACAAAGGCGGAGAAGAAAUUGGCGACAAACAAGUACAAAGUAAAUCGUACAGUCACCUCGGAAGAGUUUUUGAAUCGCUUGGAGAAUACCAGAAGGCUAAAGAAUAUUAUGAAAUUGGCGACAAACAAGUACAAAGUAAAUCGUACAGUAACCUUGGAAGUGUUUUUGAAUCGCUUGGAGAAUACCAGAAGGCUAAAGAAUAUUAUGAGAAAGCCCUUGCCAUCGCUAUAGAAAGUGGCGACAAACAAGUACAAAGUUCAUCGUACGGUAACCUUGGAAAUGUUUUUCAAUUGCGUGGAGAAUACCAGAAGGCUAAAGAAUAUUAUGAGAAAGCUAAAGUUUAUUACGACAAGGCACUCACCAUAGCAACAGAAAUUGGUGACAGACCAUCAGAAAUGGAAUGUUACGAAUGCUUAGCAUUUGUGUUGGUUAGCAUUCAGGACUAUCAGACGGCUAAAGAAUAUCAAAAGAAAGCGCUUGCCAUUAGCAUAGAAAUUGGCCAUAUAGUAGACGAAUUAGAAAUCCUUAGUAACCUUGCACAGACAUAUCGAUCUGUUGGUGAAUAUGUUGUUGCCGAAGAACUCAGCCAGGAAGCAUUGUUUAUAUCCAGGGAAAUUGGAGCUGAAAUGUCAGGGUAUAGAAUUCUUCUCGGAAUCACGUUCUUAAAAUCUUCGCAAUUAAAGCAUGAGGAUGAAAAGACCUUUCUCCUCGAAAGCAUUCAAAGAUACGAACAACUGCGAAAUUCUCUUGGAGGAAACAAAGAAUUUGAAAUAUCCUUGUUAGAGAAGUAUGGUUCUUUUCCCUACAAGCGGCUCAGUGACCUGCUUUGUGAUCACGAUAGUCCUCGCGACGCUCUUUAUGUCGAGGAACUGGGACGAGCUAGAGGCCUUGCAGAAUCAUUGGCAAGCAAGUUUUCCGCGGUAAACCACAUCUCAGCUGAUCCAAAAUCAUGGUUUGGGAUUGAAAACAUCGUAAGUAAAGAAAGAGGCUGUGUUUUCUUAUACAUGUCGUAUUUUAAGACGCACACUCAUCUCUGGGUUUUAAAAGGAGAAGAUAUUAACCAUCGCAUUAGCUCAAUCGUGAAAGACAGCAGUCUCAUCGCUGAGUCACCCUUAAACGUGGAAAAAAUUUUCAAAAAAAGUGCCGAAAUGUUCGGCGUCAAAUCUAACGAGAAUUGCGAAGGUCGUUCUUUACAAGGUUGUGGAACCAAAGAUGACGAGUCACUUCUCCAUUUGUGUUACAAACUGAUUUUUGCCCCAGUGGGCGAUUUACUCACCGAGCCUGAAAUCAUCAUUGUGCCAGAGAAGUGUUCUUACCGAGUCCCAUUUGCUGCUUUGCGUGCCGACUCAGCCGGGAAGUAUCUGUCAGAGGCGUACAGAAUCCGCAUCGUCCCCUCUUUGACGACUCUUGGCGUUAUUCAGAAAUGUCCAGCAGACUAUCACAGUCAGUCUGGCGCACUGGUAGUGGGUGAUCCUGAUGUUGGCAAAGUUUGUUACAAAGGGCGUCUCCAAACCUUUACAGCAUUGGCUUCUGCGAGACAAGAAGCAAAGAUGGUGGGUCAACUACUUGGUGUUCACCCUUUGUUAGGAGAGUGUGCAACAAAGCAGGCAGUGCUUCGAGCCAUACAUCCGGUGAGUUUGAUCCAUAUUGCUGCUCAUGGAGAUGCCGAUAGAGGAGAGGUUAUCCUUUCCCCUCAGGGUGCUGCUAACAAGUUUCCACAAGAGGAAGAUUACAUUUUGACAGUCUCUGAUAUUUCUAAAGUUCAGCUGCGAGCUAAAUUGGUAGUUCUUAGCUGCUGUCACAGUGGGCGUGGUGUGUUUAAACAAGAGGGUGUCAUUGGAAUCGCUCGGGCGUUCCUAGCAGCUGGUGCACGUUCAGUGUUGGCAGCAUCGUGGGCCAUUGAAGAUGAAGCGUCAAAGCAGCUCAUGGAUCAUUUCUAUGAGCACCUUGCGAAUGGAGAAAGUGCUAGCGAAUCUCUCCACCAGGCCACCAAAUGGUUGAGAAGAAACGGCUUCACCAAAAUUUCCCAAUGGGCUCCAUUUGUGCUGAUUGGAGGUAACGUGACAUUUGACUUUGCGAAAAUGAGGAAAGCAGAGCAGAGGAAGGACGACGACGAUUGA